AUGCCAGUUGUACAGCCCCCAAAUAAUGAAUGUAGUGAGCAAAACGAAAGUAUUGGUAAUGUUUCCGAAAGUGAAGAAGACAACAUUGACAAUAAUCCAAUUGAAGAUAACCCAAAUGAUUCAAAUUCAAGUUUCGCUGAACCAAACACACAACAAUGGAUCUCUAGUACCAAAAGUUCAUCUUUUCAGAAAAAACAACGUUCAGUAAGACUAGAAGAAGUAAACAACGCAGCUUUAGAUUUUUUCGCAAAAAAAAAGAAGUCAGAUUAUCCUAAAACUAAGAAAGGUACCACCUAUGACUGGCCCACGGACCACCGGUUGGGAAACACUGCUGUAGAAGAUGUGCAUUUAUGUUUCUUUAAAAGUUUAUUACCGGAUAUGAAACUUAUGAAUCCUGAACAAAAAAGGCGUUUUAAAGUUGGAGUGUUAAGUUUAAUUGGAAACAUACUAGAUGAACCUGGAUAUAAUAGAGAAUAUCAGAACAUGGAAAAUUAUAUUAUUUACUCUACAACUCCAACAAGUUUAUCUUCUCCUUCAAUAUCAAUGCCCAUAUCGGCUCCACUGGAUUUAGUACAGCAGUCUACUAGUCUACAGUUGAAUCAAAACAACUCUCAAAAUUGGUCGUAUAAUAAAUGA